AUGCGGCGCCCUCCUCCCGCCCUUCCUCCUCCUCCUCCUCCUCCUCCACCUCCUCCCGCCGGCAGCAUGAGCCCGGCCUUCCUCCUCCUCCUCCUCCUCCUGCCCGCCCGAGCCCGGCGGGAGCGGCUGCCCGGCGGGGCGCUGGCGGGACGCAGCGCCCCCGCUCCUUCCUCCUCCUCCUCCUCCUCCUCCUCCUCCUCCUCUUCCUCCUCCUGGGCCGCGGGGCCGAGCCGCUUCCCUCGGAGCCGCCCGGGGCGGCGGCGGGGCCGGCUGUACUGCCGGGUGGGCAUCGGCUUCCACCUGCAGCUGCACCCCGACGGCCGGGUGGACGGCGCCCACGACGCCAGCCCGCUCAGUAUUUUGGAAAUAUUUGCUGUGUCUCAGGGGAUUGUAGGAAUACGAGGAGUUUUCAGCAACAAAUUUUUAGCGAUGUCAAAAAAAGGAAAACUCCAUGCAAGUGCACGUUUCACAUCCGAGUGCCAGUUCCGGGAGCGCUUCCAGGAGAACAGCUACAACACCUACGCCUCGGCCGUGCACCGCGGCCGGCGCUCAGGCCGCGAGUGGUACGUGGCCCUCAACAAGCGGGGCAAGGCCAAGCGGGGCUGCAGCCCCCGUGCCCGCCCCCAGCACGUCUCCACGCACUUCUUGCCCCGUUUCCGACAGCCCCCCCCGCCGCAGCUGGCCUUCACCGUCACCCGGCCCGAGAAGAAGCCGCCGCCACCGCCUCUGCCACCACCACCAAAGAAAAUGGCGGCAGCCACCCCGCCGGGGCAGAGCCAUGGCCCUGUCAAGUACCGGCUGAAGUUUCGCUUCGGGUAGCUGCCCCGCGAGGAGGCUGCGGGGGAUUUUUGGGGAGGAGCGGAGCCCGGUACCCCCCCUCAUUCCCAGAUGGGACGGAUGUGGGGACACUGCCGGCAGCUGAGGGAUGGAUCGGAGCGGGCGCUGCUGCCAUGGAUGGGGAGCGAGGCGCAGGCGUUGCUCUGCUGCUGCUGAGGGAAGCCACGAGGGGCCUCCGCCUCGGACAUGUUUUCUUGCACCGUUUUUGCUGGUGAUGCUGUCGACAAUCAUUUUCGUACAAGAGUUACAUCCAGAGCCAACCUCUCAAGUGCCAGAGGGUUUUCAAACUGUGUUGGCAAUAAUAUAUCUCUUUGUAAAGGCUGUUAAGGGGAGGACGGCCAUUUGCAGACAUGCAGCCCCGCGGAUACACUGAUCAGAGUUUGUCUGCACACACCUGGAAAACGUUUAUGCUGAACCUGUGGGGAACCAUAAAACCUCUGCUCUCCUACCAGGGCCUUACCCAGCACUUCAUUCAUUAAUUUAAAUGUGAUGGUGGUAUUGUAAGGAAGAGCUUGGUGUGGCAGCACUGGCAGCGAAGCUAUUGCAGGUUAAUGUGAGCAGGAUGGGCUGAAAACCCCUCCUGGUCCCAAACGGGUUUGCUGGUCAGAAGGAGGCUGACAAGGUGAAAAUAAAUGGGUAAAUACCUCUGUUAAACUAAAAGCAGUCUGUAGCUGACUUGAGAGAGUUUUAAGCAAUAAAGGUAACUUUUUGAGUGUGUCAACCUUCUUGCGUUUCACAAGCCUUUUCAGCCUUGCUGUGCUAUUGGUUGCAGCUGGCAAUUGUAUCUGAACCCUUUGCGAGGGGCACAGAGCUGCCUGGCCUCCGAGGCCUGGUGUUAAUGAGCAGGCAUGCUGCAGGCAGCCCUGCAAAGGGCACCGGGACAUGUGCCCUGCUGCACAUCACCCGCUGCAGGACACUUGCAUGAUGCCUCGAGUUCUUUGUCAGCAAGGCGCUGACGGUGCUAUUGCACAAUGUGCACCGACUCCUAAAACUCGAUUUUUUUUUCCUCUUCCCUUUGCUUUCUGAGUCAUCUUUUACCGCAGCCUUUGCAGAUAUAAAAAGGUUUCAGGCAUUCAUUGGGCAUGGAACUGCAUGGAGAGAGGCGCGGCGCUUGUGAAUGUCAGCUCAAAGCAUGAUGCUAACAAGUGCUGAAAAAACUGAAAUGGAAAAAAAGCAAAGAAAGAAAAAAUAAAGCAAAAAGG